CCCUUCGUUAGAUAUAUAAAUACUUUUAAUUUUAAGGUAAUUCUGAAUUUGUAUCUAGAUGAUUUUCUUAUCCUGCGAUUCUUAAGAGUCUGCAAGUUUAACAUCGAGAAAACUAAGAUCAGAAUGCGAAACUAUUAUAAGCAGCGAUCUGACUUACCGGAAUGGUACAUGAAUAAGGAUCCAUUUCAACCGGAACUACAAGAGCUGCUUAAUAUGGGGUUGGUUUUGCCUCUGCGAAAACUGGAUAGUAGAGGAAGAUUGGUUUUCAUAAUACGUGCUACUCGAAUUGAUCCGACAAUACACGAACUAUCUGACUUAAUUAAGAUCUGUGUAAUGUUGACGGAACUAACGAUGAAGAAUAAUGCCAUAGCAUCUGUGUAUGGUUUGGUUGUGUUUUUUGAUUUGAUCAAUCCAACAAUGCGACACAUUGCUCAAUUUUCACCUCAAAUGAUAAUGAAUAUAGUUCACGCGUGGCAGAGCUGCUAUCCUGUAAGGAUGCAAUCAAUAAACUUUAUCAACGUGCCGACAAUUAUCGAUGGUUUUAUUAGGAUUAUGAAAUCUUUCAUGACGAAGAAGAUGAAGAACAGAUUUCACGUUUACUCACACAUGUCGCAGAGCUGUUUUAAGGAUGUUCCAGCAGAUAUUUUGCCAAUCGAGUAUGGCGGCACUUAUGAUACAAUUCAGGAAUUAACUGAUUAUUGGAAGAAAUUGGUCGAAAAGAAUUGCGACUGGAUUAAAUGAUGAGAAUAACAAAAUCGAAUAUACUACACACCUAUAACGUUUUGGAGCAGUUUAGAAUUAGUAACAAAUAUUUGCUUUUAAGAUAUGGUUGGAUGUAUUUAUUUUAUAACGUUAUCGUAAUAUAAAUUGAAUUUUGUUUGUUUUGUGUUUUGGAGAAAGAAAUCAUCUUCCUUCCUCUUUUACUGCAAUGUGUGAUUCUAUCGCGUUGGCACAAUAGGAGAGAAUGGAUGAAUUAUAAAAUUUCUAGGAAAGGUAAUAGUUUAUAUUAUUAAGUUACAUGAACGAACAAAAAAUGUAUCUCUUUCUACUUCGUAUUAAGCAUUCAGUUUAUUUCUUCUAUAUUGUAUUGUAUAAUUUUAUUGAAACCGUUAAAGAUACAUAUUAUAAAGAGUAUAGUGAUUGAUCUAUUUCUUAAUUGACAUAUUUUAUAGAAAAUAAAGAUAACAACCAUCAUAAAUAAAUUUACCGUAGAUUUUUAAAUCCGUUAUCUGCUACAAAUGAUACAAAAUUAUUGUUGCUGAUUUAUCGUGAAAGUAAUAAUAAGAACCAUGCAGAUUU